AUGGGAAGUUGGGAUGGACAUUUCGCGGCCGUCGCACCGGUUGGAGUCGUGUCGAUGGCAGCUGAGAAUGCGACGGGCGGUGCUGUUUCCGGCGCCGAAAAGGAUCGGCUGCCCGUCGAAAAAGACGAAAUUGUCGUGGGUUUUUCCGAAAAAGUGUCCCGAAAAGCUAAAAACCGAUAAAAAACGGUCAAAAUUUGAAAAAAAAAAAAACUUUUUGGUAAAAGGAGAAAAUCCGAAGUUCCACGAAUUGAGCAAAAACGCUUUAUUUAUUAUUUAAAACCGUCUAUUAUGUUGAGAGCAGCGAAAAAUUGAAAAAAUUCUUGAAGAAGGUUUUUCUUCCGAAAUUCGAUUUUGAAGAAGUGGUUUUUUCUACUCACUCAAAAUAAUUUCAAUGCUGUAUCUCAGAGCGAGUUAAUUCGAGUUUUGAUCGAAAUUAAGAAAUUUUCGUGUAGUUUUUUGAAUAGAUUUUUUUUAUCGAAAACUCUCAUUUUUCUAGAUUUUUCGAUCUCUAAUUUCUUGGGGAAAAGUCAAUACAUACGCCAAGUAACUAAUUUCGAAUCUUUCGAACAAAUUCAUGACCUGUGAAGGUAUAGAUGGUCUCAAAUCUCGCGAGUCGGAAUUCAAUAUCGAACUUGAAUUAUUUUUUUAAGUGAGAGCAUCAUUAUCAAACCCUUUUUGUUUUUAGAGCCUGAUUUAUUAAAUUUGUUCAUUUUGGCUGUUUUUAGCUAGCAAAAGCUCUUAGCUUUGACUAUCCCGAAGUAAUCGGAAACAUUUUUCAAGUCCGGAGAGUACCGAAGAAAAAUCACUAAGACGCAGAUGUUAUGACUCAUUUCCUAUUACGGGUUUUUUCUUGGAAAAAAUCUUGCGGAGAGUCUUGGAAGAGAAAAAAUAAUCCCAGAGACCACAACGAGAAAAAAAAAUCGAAAUUUCAGACAGAAAACCAGAAAAAAUACAAACUUCAGUCGAUUCUGGGCGAUGGCGGCUAUGGCACCGUUUUUCUGAGCCACGACAAAGAAACGUUGAACUUACCUUUUCAUGUUGAAUGUUUUUUUUUCUCUUUUAGACGAGUGGCCGUGAAAACGGAAAAGUACAGCAGGUCGAUGUUGCACAUCGAAGUGAACGUCUUGAAAGCGGCCAAUCUGGCGAGUUGCAAGCAUUUCUGCGAUCUCAUGGACUACGUGGGGCUUCGAGAAGAGAGAAUAAUUGAAGUUUCCUAAGUUCAGGGCUCGAAAAAGCCUGACUACGUUUACGUAGUGAUGACGCUGCUCGGGAAGGACCUGCAUAAGUUGCGGAGCGAACUUCCCGACAGGAAGUUCUCCCUCAACACGGCCACCAAACUCGGCAUACAGUCCCUGAGAGUAAGAUCUGGAUAUGAUCAGAAAUAUUCAAUUUCUCUGUAUGAAACAAGUCUGAGUGGAAAAAUAGUUUUUCUGGUUUCUUUCAGACGAAGUACUUCGUCUUUAUCGGAUAACACCUUUUUGAUUCCAGUUUUUGAGUUUGACCACCAAUUUUUUAAAUUGAUUUCCCCCUUCACAAAAUUUCUUUUUCAUUGGAAAAAAAAACUCAAAUUAGCCAUUUUCAGGCUUGCGAAGAGCUUCACAAGGUUGGGUACAUCAGCCGUGACAUCAAACCUGGAAAUUUCGCUCCGGGGCUCAAGGAGAAUAAGCAAGCCAAGAUAAUCUUUAUGUAUGACUUCGGUUUGGCUCGCAAAUAUAUCGACAGGGUUCGUGCUUUUUCUAUUUAUAAACACUCAAUCGAAAAAGAAAAAAACAAGGAAACAAAUCGACUGGGAAGUACUGAAACGAACGGAAUUUAGAAUAAUAAUGUUCUCCCGUCGAGGAAAGAGAUUGGCUGGAGAGGAACCACGCGGUACGGCAGCCUCAACGCCCAUCUUCGUUUGGUAUUUUUUGAAACGUUUUUGAAACAUUUUGUGGAAUAUAAGUAACUUUAAUUGACCUGAAAGACAUGAACGAAUUAUUUCGAUAUUGAAUUUAUGGCUCAGGACCUCGGCCGACGAGACGAUCUUGAGAGCUGGUUCUACAUGUUGGUGGAAAUGACUCGCGGGACGAUCCCGUGGAGAUUGGUCACAGGCAAACUUCGGAAGCAUUUACGCGGUAAAAGAGAUGUUUCCAGACCGCACGGCAGUGCAGAAGGCAAAGGAAGCGGCCCGAGGAAGUGGCCGCCAGCAAUUUCUGUUCGAAGUUCCGAGUCAGUACGACAAGAUCCUGAGCCUCAUCGACGCCCUCAGCUUCGAAGCCACUCCCGACUACAAUGCCCUUUGCAAGCUGAUUGAGGAGGUUUGGCAGGAAUGAGACCGGCAAAACUUCUAAUAGCAAUUGGUCAAAUAUUGACUGAAGUUUCAACUUUCAACAGAAACUCAUAUUUAUUUGAUCGAUUAGUCCUUUUAAUUUUUAUCUUGUUUAACCAAUACUUUCAAUUUCAUGUAGAAUCUUACAAAUGGGCAUUAGACCUCGAAGGAAUGAAGGACUGGGCCAAUUUCGGCUUUUAUUGCUUCAGGAACCUUGCAGAAGAAAUCAAAAAAUAACACUGGUACUCAACUUCUUCGCCAAGUUGUCAUGAAAAAACUUGCGAUCAACUUUUUUCUUUUCGGAAGUCAGAGUUUGGUUGAUUUUAGUGGUGCCGUGUUCAAAGUAAUUUUGGCGAACUGCAAAGCAGUCUCUGACUCUCCAAAAUCUAGUUAUCUUUUUUCACUUGCUGACAACUAAUCACUUUGAACACAAAAUGGAAAUUUGAAAGGCUUUGUUUUUAACUUAUUGCAGAAGUUUUAGGCUUUGUUGUGGGUCCUUAACGAAACGGGAAAAGGUUAUGGAAAAUAAUCUUUCUAAAAUUCAAAGAUCUACCUGAAUUAAACGCAAAUUUUUUAAAUCAAUUUUUCUUUUGAGGACAUGAGCAACGAUCUAUCGCGUAGAGUAAAAAGAAAAACGUUUUCUACAUUUAUCUGAGUAUAUUGUAUGAAAGUAAGGAUUGAAAAAAGAAAUGGGCAAAAAAUUUUAAUGAAAGUAUUUCCUUGAAGGUUCGAGAGGAGAAGCAGCUGCGAGAGAAGGAGUGUUGGGACUGGGAGGAAGAAACUGUCUCGACGACUGUCACCACCGUCACCUCCUACUCUGACAAGGAGCUCCGCGCCAAGGCCGAAAAGUUAGCCUCACCUCAAGUCUCAAACUUUUUUUCUCUUUUUCCAGGAGUAAGUAG